AUGGACUAUAGAAGGAAUAUGAGAGGUUUGGUCUUCAAAUAUGAGGCUGCAUGGGAAUUGAAGGAAGAUUGUCAUAGAAUCAUGACAGAAUCAUGGAAAAAAGGUCAUUUGGGAGGCAUUGAGGCUAGCUCAAUGAGACACAAGUUAAAGCUAUGUCAAAGGGACCUGGUGCAAUGGAAACAGAAGAACAAGGAGUAUGACAAAAGAGACACUACACAGAGGCUGGCCAGGAUUAGUCAACUUCAAAACACUGGUACUGGUCACCACUUGGAUACCAUGAAACAGCUACAAAAGGAGGUCGAGCUCUCACUAGCAGAAAAGAACAUGAUAUGGCGACAGAGAGCUAAACAACGCUGGCUCAAGCAUGGAGACAAAAACACCUAA